AUGGGACAAAACAAAUGCAAGGCCAGGGCACGUAGGCUAGUUUUUUGGCCAGGACUCGGCAGUGACAUUGAGAAUCUAGUGCGAACAUGCCAGGUGUGUCAAAAAUACGCCUACAGCCAGCCGAGCGAGCCCCUGCUACAACGGCCUGCAUCGAAACGACCGUGGUGUCGUGUCGGAAUUGACUUGUUCCAGUUUGCAGGGGACUCCUACGUCGUGGUGUAUGACGACCAGUCGAACUUCCCGGAUGUUGAAAGACUGGUGGGCACAACAGCAGCGGAAACUAUUUCUAAGAUAUCUGCCAUAUUCUCUCGCUAUGGCAUUCCAGCGCAAGUAUGCACCGACAACGGGCCCCAAUUUGCUUCGAGUGACUUUGCUGCCUUCGCAAAACGGUACGACUUCGAGCAUAUAACAUCCAGCCCUAAUUUCCCCCGCUCAAACGGUUUAGCCGAAAAGGGCGUACAGAUUGUGAAACGAAUUCUCAAGAAAACUACGGAGGGCCGUGAGGAUUUCUGGCUGGGCAUGUUGGCUUACCGUUCUUCCCCCUUAGAAGACGGACGGUCGCCCGGAGAGCUGCUACAAGGUCGUCGUCUUCGGUCAACGGUCCCAGAGUUUAACGUCGAGGGAGAGUGCCCUGUAUCGAAACAUCGGCAAUCACUACAGGGUAAGCCAUUAUCGCCCCUUGAUGCAGGCAACGUUGUUCGGAUCAAGAAUGGGAACUGGUCACGCAAAGCAACGGUACUUAAGGAGGUAGCGCCGCGUUCAUAUCUGGUCAAAACGGAGAGCCAAGGGCAGCUGAGGCGAAAUCGACAACAUUUGCUGCAAACACAUGAACGCUGCGAAAACGAGAACGGCUACGAGAGCGGCCUGGAAGACUUCGAGCCGCCCAAGAGCGUAGGACCAGCCGUCGAAGGCUCGGAACCGGCACACGGCACGUGCGACGUAGCGGCGGCUGACCGCUGUUCAGACCCGCAAAACACCAGGGUUUCUGAAGAAACCGAGCAAACAGAAUCACCGGGACACCCAUCUGAAUUGCCAACACUUCGUAGGUCAACGAGAUCCCGGACGGAGCCGCAGCGCCUGCGCUACGAAAAAUACUUUCGUCAGAUGUGCUAG